AUGCGUACCCGGCAGAAACGCCCCACCUACCGGGUUCUGAACGACGAGAGCGAUGGAAAGUUUUUGCCGGAUGAUCGAACCGACCAAACAAACGAACCAAGCGAGCUACCGAAUAACCUCACACAUACUCUCCCAGCCUGUCAAGAAAGCGUGGAGAUCCUCGCCAACAUACCGGAUUGCGAGCUUUUACCUUCCGAGUCUGUGUCACAAGUGGUAGUAUCCCAAGAGAGCUCAACAGAUGCUGAUACUUCAAUCACAAGCCACUACCGCGAGAAAUUACUCGAGUUCGCCGAACUCCAGGGCAUUCAUAGCGGCGAAAACCUGGCAAUUGCAGUGGAAAAUAUGCUUAUCGAGUUGAGUCUCAAGGACAAGCUCAUUUCCAUUACAGGCGACAACGCCAGUAACAAUGAGGCCAUGGCUUCGGAGUUAUUCUUCUCUCUUUCCGACCGACCUAGUGUGGAAGAAGCAAUGCCAGCACCACUCUAUCGAAGCCUUGACAGUUACAUCAGCUGCCUGGCUCAUGUCCUCAAUCUGAUUGUGAAAAAUAUCCUCCCUAACCUAGGGUCAGGGACGAUGGAACAAGCACAAGUUGCCUGUGACUGUUUACAGGCUGGUAACUCGAUCACCGAUCACUCAGCUAUAGGGAUAUUACGGGUCCUCGCUCUUUGGAUUAACCGAAGUCCUCAGCGCCGACAGAAAUGGAAGGAGGUUUGCAGACUCAACAAUCUUCCAGACAAAUUCGUUGCGUACGAUGUGACGACACGAUGGAACUCAACAUUUCGCAUGGUCGACGAUGGCUUGAAGUCAAGGCAACAAGUCAACAAGUUCCUAAACCUUCAGGAGAAACUCCCGCCGUUUACUCUCCAAGAUUGGUCACGGCUGGAACAGAUUCACACAGUACUCCACAAGUUCAAUGAGCUUACUUUGUUCAUUUCGAAACGCAAUCCACAAAUCAGCCUCGCAGUCCCGAUUUACUAUGAGCUACACGAAUUGCUUGACGAUGUGAGGGAGGGCAAUGAUGGCAAUGCAGGGACAAUAAUUCUGGAAACGAUCCGCACCCAUCUGCAUCAGGUAUACGCGGCUAGUAACCCGGAGCAUGAUGCCGCUGCAUCACAGUCGACUUCCCUGCAGCAUAGUGAUGUGGAGUCUAGAAUGCUGAAGAAGUUGCAGGUGCGAGAUCCACCGCUGUCAGAUAUUUAUAAGUAG